UUCUGUGAACGUCCAUUGAAGAAUAAAAGGAUUUGAAAGCUACAUCCUUGAGAAAUUUGUAUAGUUUUUGUUGCACAGAGAAAUGCUGAAAUUUCAAGAAACUGCUAAGCAUGUCACUGUUGCCAGAUUUAAUUCUGCUUGCUCAGAGGCUAUGAUUGCAAGAAGAUACACUAUUGAGAGGAAGCUUGGCAAUGGGAGCUUUGGAAGUGUGUAUUUGGUUAAUGACAGAAAAGCAAAACAAGGAGAAGAAUUAAAGGUCCUAAAGGAAAUCUCUGUAGGAAACCUAAAGCCUAAUGAAACAGUUGAAGCAAAUCUGGAAGCACAGCUACUCUCCAAAUUAGACCAUCCAGCCAUUGUCAAAUUUUAUGCAAGCUUUGUGGAGCGAGAUAGUUUCUGCCUUAUCACUGAGUAUUGUGAGGAAUGGUCCCUCAGCUUCAGAGUGUUCACUGGGACAAGGAUAAAUGGUGAUUGGAGCCUGCUGCACUUCAUCUGUCGUCACCUGGGUAGUACACAGUCCCCUGACCCAGCAGCCAGUAGACAACUAGAUGACAGAGAUAAUUGCACUAAACAGGGUGGAGAUCUAGACUUUAAAAUUCAAGAGUACAAAGAUUCUGGGAAGAUGUUCACUCAGAGUCAAGUAAUAGACUGGUUUAUACAGUUAUUACUCGGAGUCAACUAUAUGCAUGACAGGAACUUAAUCUUCCUUCCGCUGACUUCUGUAGACUCCAUGCUUUAUUUCUUCUCAUCCAGAGGAGCGCAGGAGAUCGAGAAUCUUAUCCAGGCAUUAAAAGAGUUAAAACUGCAUCCAGAACGUGAAGAAGCCACGUGGUCAGCUGGAAGCCUCUUCUCUCAGAACGGGGUGGGGGGAAGGGAGAGCCUUUGGUCUCUGGGAUGCAUUUUGUAUGAGAUGUGCUGUAUGAAGCAUGCAUUUACUGGACAGAAUUUUUUGUCUGUCGUGUUAAAAAUUGUGGAAGGUGAAACCCCUUCUCUUCCUGAGAGAUAUCCAAGCAAACUGAAUGCUGUGCUAUGCAGCAUGUUAAAUAAGAAUCCUUCAUUGAGACCAGCAGCAGCAGAGAUCCUAAAAUCAUCUUAUAUUGAUGAACAGUUGCAGAAAAUACAAUACAAGUUCACAAACACGACUGUGAAAGAUAAGGCACUUAGCUGGCAGCAGAAAGAAACUGCUCCCAUUUUUGGUACUGUGCAGAAGAAAGUUCAUUUGCAAACUCUGCAGGAACUUUCUGAAAUUCAAAAAAUGACACCACGAGAACGAAUGCGGCUGAGGAAGUUAAAUGCUGCAGAUGAGAAAGCAAAGAAGUUGAAGCAGCUGGUAGAAGAAAAAUAUCAAGAAAAUAUCAAAAAUCAAGAAUUCCGGUCCCGUAAUUUCCAGCAGCUGAAUGUUAAUGUCCAACAUGCAACCACUAUGGGCAGCUAUGUGUCCACAGGACAUGAUGAACCACGAGGGAAUGGGACAAGUGAACUCAGCAUGUCUGAAGUUACAGACCACGGGAUCCCUGAAGACCCAGAAAUUGCAGAAGAAUAUUAUAAAGAUGAGUUUGAAUCCUGUUCAGAAGACAGUGAAGAGGAGGAAGAUGAAGAAUUGUCAUGGACAGUCUCUAAGACAAAUCACCAGGACAGUGAUAUGGAGGCAAUGGUUGAGUAUUUGGAGAGUGCCCUGAAUAGCAGCUCAUUGGGCUCGAGGACUGUCACCAGAGUGUCUCCAGGGGUGCCCCAGGGAUUCAGAGCUCUCAACAAUACAAUGGCUGAGACCAAGUUGAAACGCAUGAGGGAAUCUGCCCUUGGGAACGUGGGAGUGGAGGCAUUCGAGGCGGUGUACAGCUGCUUCAAGCAAGCAAGGCAGCAGAAUGCCAGUGAGGAAGAGAUCGGGAGCUGUUUGGAGAAAUUGGUUUCUAGAGCCAGCGAUUGCUUCGAAGUAGAUCAACUGCUGUACUUCGAGGAGCAGCUACAGGCUUCAGAGCUGCAUCUUCAGCUGUAACAGUGUGUCAGCAACAGCUGGAAAUGCUACAGAGCGGGAAGGGGCCUCCUUCAGGCCAGCAGGCAAGUACAGAGGUAUUUGGAGGACACUGCUGAACGUAAUGUAGUACAUAAGCAUGUGGGUAAGCUCCACUUGAGAGUCCAAACUGCAGUGAGAAGGGGGUAAAUAAUGGCACGAUUUUCAGGGGCAGGAAGAAGACCAAAUGUUUGUGACAGUGGAGGGGAGGAUUCACAGUUAACCAUGUCCCCUUUUUCCGCCACUUAAAGCAUAAAGGAAGGGUGUUCUGGGCCGUGGCUGGAUGCCAGUCCUGCACUCAGAGCAUUGCUGGCAAAGCUGCCUCUGAUGGAAUGAUGCAGGAUUAGACUCCAGCUGCUGUUGAUUUCUGUGCUAACUGCUCCUUGUGAUCUUUAAGCCCAUAAUUUUUGUAAUUUGACAGAUUUACUCUUAAACAUAUAUGUAUAUGUAUGGUCACUCAGGCCCUAAUUGUCUUGUUAUUAUUGAUUGGUCAAGAGGACUGCAUUUAAUCUGAGCUUCAAAGGAACUGUGGAAAUACAUACAUAUAUGCAUAUUUAUAUACAUGUAUGCAUGCUCACAUACACAGAGAUCAGUGUA